UCCAGGAAACAACACUGAUGAUGUGUCCAAGGUUGUGCAUCAGAAGAUGUUUCUGUAACUGAGAAUUUCUGGGAGCACCAGUGACAACCAGGAACAGACUGGGUGACAACCAUGAAGAGUGUGGUGACAGCUGGAGAGACAGAUGACAGCCGGAAAGACGGCAACCCGGGGUGGAGAGGGUUGGCAGCCCAAACCACUUCUUCCGAGAGGAAGAACCCAAAGCAAGCUACAAAACCUUCAAAGAAAAGAUACCCCCAGGGGUGCCCGAGAGGGGGGGAGGAUGAGCACCCCAAUAGGACGGACCUAAGAACGACGACACAGGACAACGAAAUAACGACAACGACAGUACAGUGCAUCUGCGGCAAGAGCUGCAAGAACGAGAGGGGCUUACGAAUCCAUCAAGGCAGGAUGGGAUGUCUGAAAGCAGCAGCGACGACGACACAUCGCACAGAAGUCACAACUUCUGGUAAGACGCAGGAGGAGCCAGGCCCGGAGGCAACCCACAGUGCCCGGAGCCUCCUAGUAUCGCCAAGACCUGCUGCCAGCCGUUCGCCUGUCACCCAAAGCUGCCCUCAAGUGACAGCACCUCCUGACAGCCCACAGAGCCCCCAAAGCCGGCAAGUGGCAGCAACAAGAACUGGCUGUGCCCCUUUGGCUCAACCAAGGAUCCAGUGGCCCCAAUCCUCAAAGAGAGCUGAGUGGCACCAGUUCGAUGAAGACGUGAACCAGAUCCUGGAAGUGACAGCUAAGGGGGAUGUGGACCAUCGAUUGCUAACGAUGACCACUCUCAUAGUGAACAUUGCAGCUGAGCGAUUUGGAUCUGUGAUACCCAAACCCACUCCAUCGGCAUACACUCCAAGCCACAGAGUGAGGAAAAUCAAAUGUCUCAGGGAAGAACUUAAGCUACUAAAGAGGCAGUACAAGGCAGCAGGGGAAGUAGAGAGAGCUGGCCUAGCAGAUCUGAGAGGAAUCCUGAGGAAACAACUUUUGACCCUUUGUAGGGCAGAGUACCACAGGAGGAGGCGGAAAGAGAGAGCAAAGAAGAGGGCAGCAUUUUUGGCCAACCCUUUCAAGUUGACCAAGCAGCUUCUUGGCCAAAAGAGGACUGGCCAACUCACCUGCUCCAAGGACGCGAUCAACAACCACCUCAAGGCCACCUACUCGGACCCGAACAGAGAACGACCAUUAGGGCCAUGCGAUGCACUGCUGACACCACCAGAGCCCACAGUAGAGUUCAACCUGAAGGAGCCCUGCCAGAGUGAAGUGGAGGAAGUGGUGAGGAGAGCAAGGUCAAGCUCAGCACCAGGCCCAAGCGGAGUGCCUUACAAGGUAUACAAGAACUGCCCAAAGCUUCUACACAGACUCUGGAAGGCCCUGAAGGUUCCAAAAGAGGAGAAGUCUGAGAAUAUCGACCAGUAUCGUGUCAUCUCCUUGCUCAGCGUGGAGAGUAAAAUAUUCUUCAGCAUUGUGGCCAAGAGACUCUCCAACUUCCUGUUGAGCAAUAAAUACAUCGACACGUCUGUGCAGAAAGGAGGUAUUCCGGGAGUCCCAGGUUGCCUGGAACACACAGGGGUGGUAACCCAGCUCAUCAGGGAAGCAAGAGAAGGCAAGGGGGACCUGGCUGUGCUGUGGCUAGAUCUCACCAAUGCAUAUGGCUCAAUACCCCACAAGCUGGUGGAGGUCGCACUGGAGAAACACCACGUCCCUCAGAAGGUUAAAGGCCUCAUCCUGGACUAUUACAGCAAGUUCAGCUUGAGGGUCUCCUCUGGCCAGUUAACAUCAAAUUGGCACCAGCUUGAGGUAGGGAUAAUCACUGGUUGUACCAUCUCAGUGACUCUCUUUGCGCUGGCAAUGAACAUGAUGGUCAAGGCAGCCGAGACAGAGUGCAGAGGUCCCCUCAGCAAGUCCGGAGUAAGGCAACCUCCCAUUAGAGCCUUCAUGGACGACCUCACAGUGACAACAACAGCGGUGCCAGGAGCAAGAUGGAUUCUCAGAGGGUUGGAGAGGCUCAUGGUAUGGGCACGCAUGAGCUUCAAACCAGCAAAAUCCAGGUCCUUGGUGCUAAAGAAGGGGAGAGUCACUGAUAAGUUCCGCUUCAGGUUGGGAGAACAUCAAAUCCCGUCAGUCACUGAGAAACCAGUGAAGAGCCUCGGGAAGGCCUUUAACUGCAGCCUCAACGAUAGAGACUCCAUCAGGGAAACCAGCACUUCCAUGGAGGACUGGUUGAAAGCCGUGGACAGAUCAGGGCUCCCUGGAAGAUUCAAGGCUUGGGUUUAUCAGCAUGGAAUCCUCCCAAGACUCCUCUGGCCCCUGCUCAUCUAUGAGGUCCCCAUGACUGUGGUUGAAGGUUUAGAGCGAAAGGUGAGCAGCUAUCUACGCAGAUGGCUGGGACUGCCACGCAGCCUAAGCAACAUCGCUCUGUAUGGGAACACCAACAAGCUCAGACUGCCUUUAAGCUCAGUGAGGGAGGAGUUCAUUGUGACACGGGCACGGGAACAUCUGCAGUACUCUGGAUCCAGAGAUGCGAAAGUGUCCGGAGCAGGGAUUGUCGUCAGGACAGGGAGAAAGUGGAGGGCAGCAGAGGCAGUCCAACAAGCUGAAACUCGGCUGAAGCACAAGGCCAUCCUUGGGACAGUAGUGCAAGGCAGAGCCGGACUUGGAAGCCUAACAGCAACCCGGUACGACUUGGCCAGCGGGAGGGAGAGGCAGAGGCUGGUGCAGGAGGAGGUGCGUGCUUCAGUGGAGGAGGAGAGAACCAGCAAAGCAGUGGCCAUGCGGCAGCAAGGUGCCUGGAUGAAGUGGGAGCAGGCGAUGGAGCGGAAUGUCACUUGGAAGGACAUCUGGACGUGGAAUCCCCAGAGAAUCAGGUUCUUGAUCCAAGGGGUUUACGACGUUCUUCCCAGCCCAUCUAACUUGUACACAUGGGGCAGAGUAGAGACACCUGCAUGCACGCUGUGUUCCAAGCCAGGGACACUAGAACACAUCUUGAGCAGCUGCUCCAAGGCACUAGGCGAAGGCCGGUAUCGAUGGAGACACGAUCAGGUCCUUAAAACCAUUGCUGAGGCAAUCAGCAAAGGGAUCAAAGACAGCCGAUACCGUCAAGCCACAGCCAAGGCUAUCCACUUCAUCAAGGAAGGAGAAAGGCCAAAGGGAACAUCUAAGAGCUGCUCUGCUGGGUUGCUCUCAACAGCCCGAGACUGGGCAAUGACAGUUGACCUAGAGAGGCAACUGAGGAUCCCAGCACACAUCACUCAGUCCACACUGAGACCUGACAUCAUCUUGGUCUCUGAGGCCACCAGACAACUAAUCUUGCUAGAGCUAACAGUCCCCUGGGAGGAGAGGAUGGAGGAGGCUCAGGAGAGAAAGAGGGAAAAAUAUCAGGAGCUGAUGGAGCAGUGUCGGACGAAUGGGUGGAGGACCAGGUGUAUGCCAGUGGAAGUAGGCAGUAGGGGAUUUGCCAGCCACACCCUGAAUAAGGCAUAUGGUACACUGGGCAUAACAGGCGCCAACCGAAGAAGAGCCAUAAGUAAUAAUGUCGAGGCAGCAGAGAAAGCAUCCAGAUGGCUCUGGUUGAAGAGGGGAGAACGGUGGGGGCGGUAGCAUGCCCCUUGGACACAGACCGGGGUUUGAUCAGCCUCGGUCGGGUCGCCUGGAGGAGGGUGUCUGUUGCAAGACCCGAAACACCCUGUGAGUC